AUGUCUGGCCACGGCAGCGGUUUGUUCUUUGGGCUUGAGGCGGUGCCGCAAGACUUUCCGGAGGUUUUGGAGGAGCUGAAUCGCGCAUGGAAGGGAGGCCACUUCGGGCAUUGGUUUGGCGGCCCACGGGCGGGGAGAUAUUUGACCUGCACCUUGGAGGACUUUUGGUCUUGGAAGUUCUUCCACCUCUUCGCGAUCGUGUUGCGGAUGCAGGAUGAUCUACAGCUGAUCUUGGAACAAAUGGGCUCUGAAGGUCAACGCUUAAGCAUGGAGCAGCAGAUCAUGAUCAGCUUCCACAGCCGCGGCCAACAGCUGCCUCCUUGGGAGGACGGCGCCGGGCGGCGGAGUCGACGCAUCAGCUUAGUGUUUCAUCCCAGCCACAGUCAUCGGCGUGUCAGUGAAGGUGGUGCGCUCCGCUUGCACAAGAAAGGCACAGCACAAGUGGUGGAAGUGCCGGGCGGUAGUGCUCACUGGGCCAUCUUCCGCACGGCAGAGGUCCGCCAGGAAGUCACCAAGGUCAAUCUCCCCUGUGGCCGCUGGUGCAUCACCGUUUGUGCGGAAGACACCGAGCUUGCUCGCAAGCUACGGCCCGAGCACUCCGCAUUGGUGAACCGCGCUGGCACAGACGUUGGUGGGCCUGAGCCAGUGCGGGAGGUCACCUGCGAUUGCUGCUCCUUCUCCGCGGGCGAUGGCAUUCUUUUGACCUGCCCCGGCCAGCACCGGCUUUGCCGGAACUGUCUUUUGAUGGAACUUCGCCGGGAAAGCGUGCCCAGCUGCACGGCUUGUGCGGGCGAAGGCGAUCGCAUCCAUCUCUCCUCGGUCUGGGAGCUGAUGUCGCAGGACCACACCGCUCUGGAUGACCUGGGUUGUUGCUGCACACCUGGCGCGGAAGGCUGUGACAGCCAGAUCGACGUGGGAGCUCAGGUGGUGGUCUUUGGCCAGAGCAAGUCCAGUGGUUUGAAUGGUCAACGUGGUUGGACUCUCUGGUGGGACUUUGAGAAGCAGCUUUGGGAGGUGCUCCUGCCCUCGGGCCGAGUUCUGGCCUUGCGCGGCUCAGAGCUCGCGCUCGCCGAGGCCUGCGAGGGUCGCUGCAUCUAUGAUUGCCCCGCCUGGCAAGUGGGUCGUGGCUUGUACCCGGUGAGUUUGGGCAAUCGCUGCUGCGUGAAGCUGGGCAUUGAUGAAUGCUCCGGAGAUGCCCACUGCCCGGUGGGCUAUCCUUACUUUCACGGCGCUGAGUACUUGCCCUUCGACUCCUUGUUGUGCCUGGGCUAUGCGACACCGGACGGCCUCCCGGACACCCGUCCGGCCCGUCCGGUGCAGUUCUGCGUGCGGUGCGGAACUGUCACCAGCCGGCACUGA